UUGAAAUACAAUUAGUUAGGUUAUAAAAUAUCGUAAACAUGUCUGUAUUAAAAAGGACACAGCAAUGGGCAACUUUCGCUCGAAUUUGGCAUGUGUACGAUGCUAAAUGGCAAAAUCCUUUUCAAUCUGCCAACAUUUUAAAGAAAUUUCUAAUGGGAAUGCACAAACCAAUAUACCAUCCUAUGAAUGACUGUGGUGACCAUAUCAUUGUAAUAAACAGCAAAGAAAUCGCUCUUCCUGGUGAUGAAUGGAAGAAGCGUGCUUACUUUCAUCACACAGGUUAUCCGGGUGGAGCCACUUGGACAUUAGCAUGGGAUUUACAUUCAAAAGAUCCCACAAUGGUGCUAAGAAAAGCUGUAUAUAAUAGUAUGGAUGGUAAUUUACAGAGAAGAUACACAAUGGAGAGGCUGCACAUUUUCCCUGAUGAAAAUGUUCCUGAAGAAUUAAUGAAAAAUGUCUCCAAUCAAAUAAGAGCACCCAGACCAACACCCAAGAGACUAGAUCAUUACACAGAAAAAGAAAUUGCUGAAUAUCCUAAAGUAAUUGAUUAUCCAAAGGACUAUGUUCUAAGAUAGGUGCCUCACAGUUGUACAAAUCUCUAUACAUCACAAAGCUUGGGUCAAAGAAGAAAACAUGUAAAUUGGGUAACUAAAGUUU